AAAUUUUAGUAAGUUGCAACCUUUGUAAAUAGAAUCAAACGUUAUCUUAGCAAUGGAAGCUUCUCGGAAACAGUUGAGGGAGUUGCUUGCACAGCUUGUGCUCUCACUUCCAUCAGAGAAUUUUUCAAGUGAAUUUCCAGGUCUGUUACCUGUUUUAACGCUUCUUCAAGGUCAAUAUUCGAAAGUUUUACAGAGCGAAGACUAUUUAACAUUAGUGUUCAAUGACGAAACCAGAGAAAUCUUGGGUGCAUACCCAGGCCAAGGAUUGGUGGAUGUGUUAAAGUCCUUUGUAGAGACUGUGAGCAAGAACUUCAGAUCCAAAUAUGGCAAUGAUGAACUUGCUGCCUUCCAUUUGCAUCUUGUGGCUAUCGCAUUACUUCAACUGUUCAUCCAAAUCAAUUUCACUGGACCAGCUUUGGAGAACAAUGCACGCGAAGACUUUUUCCCAGGAGUAGAUGACAAGCUCUUGCACACAGAAGCAAUCCAAGUGCUUAGUGUCACCGGACAACAAGCUUAUGAAUUGAUGGAAGGACCUUUGUAUUUCAUCAUUGCCGCAUUAAUAUUUGAAAAGUUGGUGGGUAGUGAGAUCUCUUUGUUACAAGAUGACUUCAAUGUUGCUGAAAUUACUGAAUAUUAUGGCUCUUUAGAAUCUGUUUCAACGGAAGAACCUGUGAGAGCUUCUGUACAAUGGUGGAUGGCUAGGGCUGUACAAGUCCACACCUCGUUAUUAUCAGAACCAGCUAGUGUUCUUUCUACAGUAUCUUCACUUCUUUUAAACCCUUCUGUUGCUAAUACUUUGUGUCCAGCAGUAGAUGGUAAUGUGGAACUCCAACGUAACGUGCAAUGCGCAUACUUUUUGGAAUGUGCUAGAAGUGGUAUCCAUAGUCAAACCGAAUACUUAUCCAUUCCACUUCUUGGAAAGGCAAGAAAGGUAUCCAAUUUUACCUUUGUCUUAUCUGGUGCUAAGGCCAAGAGAACCAAGUUUCAAAAGUUCCAUACAUCUGCAUUGAUUGUACUUGCCAAGAGUGAAACUGCCAAUUUAUAUUCCAUUAAAGAAGGCGGUCAAGAAGUUCCAGAAAGUUUUGAAUUAAAUUCUGAUUUAUUAUUGGAAAGACCCCAAUUCGAAUCUUUGGAGGAUAUUGAAUUCACAGACGAUAAGGAUUCUGGAAAGAAGAGAAUAAAGCUUGAUUUAAGUUUACAAUCUGGUGAAGUUUAUAACGAAGAAAUUGACGAUGAAGAAGAAAAGCUUUUACCAAUUGCUCUUAGAAAGGAAAACAUUCCAGAAGAAUUACAAAAUGUUGACCCUAAUGACCAGCCUGGCCUUUCCGACCUAGACAAUGUCCAAUUACUUUUACGUCUUGCUACUUUAAGACAGACUUCUCCGGCUGGAAAUGCUUUAGUUGAAGAAGAACUUCUUGCUUUGGUUAGUAGAGUUUUGUACACAACUAAAGAUGUAAACUGGGCAGUUUUCUCAAGAGCCCUUUGGGAAAGAUCUGUUUUGGAAACAACAAAGGCUAGAACAAUUGAAAGAGGUAUAUUACAAAUGACAUCCCUUGUUGAAGAAAUGGGUAUUAAAAUUAAGACUAGAAUGAUCCCUCAAGUAGCUGAAGAAGAGGAUAAGGUUAUUCUUGCUUCUGCCUCUAGAUUAAGAUUUAUUCACCAACUUCCAUUGAUGCCUCAAUGGCAAAUGGAUUCAAAGUUGGCUGAAAAGUUCAUGAGUCUUGGUGUUUUCCGUUCUGCCGUUGAAAUCUAUGAAAGACUUGGAAUGGUUUGUGAAGCCGCGUUAUGUUAUGCUGCCGUUGGUGAUGAUAAGGAAGCAGAAAACAUAUUGAUCGAAAGAAUUAAUACUCAUCCUCGUGACGCAAGAGCAAUCUCCAUUUUGGGUGAUGUAAGACAAGACCCUGAGUUAUGGCAGAAAGCCUGGGAUGUAGGUAAGUACUACAAGGCUCAAGGCUCAUUGUCGCACUACUACUAUAGUCCACCAAGAGAAUCUGGAAUCGCUAAGAAUGUGGACUUGGCCAUUAAACACAUGAACUUGUGUUUGAGUAUCAAUCCCCUUAGUUAUGAGAAUUGGUUCUUCUAUGGAUGUUGCGGAUUAGAAACUGAACAAUAUGACUUAUCAUCUGAAGCGUUCACUAGAUGUGUUUCUCUUGAUGACACAAACUCCCACGCAUGGUCCAAUUUGGCUACAUCACUUUUGAGAACAGACAAGGUUAGACCAGCUUUUAAUGCCUUGAAGAAGGCUAUUAGAUGUGCAGGCGAAUCUAAGACUACCUGGAGAAUUUAUGAGAACUAUUUGGUUGUCGCCGCUAAGUUGAACGAAUGGAGUGAUGUUUUGAUCGCCGCAAGAGAAUUGGUUAACUUACGCGGAAAUGGAUCCGGCGAAGAUUCUAUUGAUAUUCCUGUUGUGGAAAAGCUUGUUGAAAUUUUAGUUGCAACAGAAUUUCCAACUGGAGAUGGCGCCAAAAUGACAUUUUAUCAAACUUCCUGUGUGGACUUCAUUUGUAAUUUACUCCCUACUGUUAUUACUACCUCUGCUAGAGCAUGGAGAAUUGUUUCUAGAGUAGAAAUAUGGAGACGCAGACCAUGGUCGGCAUUGGAAUGUCACGAAAAGGCUUACAGAGCUUUAUCCCAUAGACCAGAGUUGGAACAUGACGAAACUGCAUGGAACGAAGCAGUUGACGCUUGUGCUGACUUGAUAGCAGCUUACGAAUCAUUGGGUGAAUUACCUGGGAAGCAUGAUGCAGAUGAUCUUGUUUGUAAGGAUUGGAAGUACAAGGCAAGAUCUACUGUAAGAUCCUUAAUGUCCAAGGGUAAGCAGAUGUGGGAAGAUUCCGAAGGUUGGGAAAAGUUACAAGAGAUGAAGGAAGAGUUAAGAAAUUAGAAUGACCGAUUUAUUACUGUAUUUAUAGAACUAGAAUAAUUACUAAGAAAUGAU